GAUAAAAUGACAAUGAUAUGAUUUUUGAAUCUGUUUGUGUGAAUCUUUGAAGAAAAAUAUCAAAAACAAAUAGUUCAAAUCCUGCUGACGCGCUAAAAUUUUGAUUUUUUUCAAAACCAAAACGUCGACGCUGGAAAACGCUGCCGUUUAGAACAAGUUUUGCGUUUUAGUACAAUGCCUUCACUGACGCGACGCACCAUUGUGGUGACUCAAACGGAAAAUGGCAUCCUCAAAAUUAAAUGUCAACGCGACGCGACGACGGACGGGCUAUUGUGCGGCCGCCUUAAGAGUUUGUUACGCUUUGUAGAUUUAGGUUAGAAAAUCUGUGACGAAUGUGUUACGUUGGGGGGUGGGGGGUUUGAGAAUGACCGAAAAUUGCGUUACGUAAUAUUUGAACGGCCCCCAACAACAACAUAAUGGAAGUCAGAACUCCUGUAUACAUUCAUAUUUGAAUUUUAAUAAAAUAGUUUAAGGACCGAAACGGAAAAGGAAAUAAAAAAAAAACAUAGUUUUUUGUAUUUCCCCAUUUUGCUUCUUAUAGUCAUAUAACAAUGGAUAUUCUAAAAGCGGAGAUAGCAAGAAAACGGAAGAUUUUGGAGGAGAAAAAACUUGUGGAUGAUAAGAAAAAGUACUUCAAAAGGGGUGAACUCUUGGCGCAAGAACAGGAAGAAUAUCGAGAAAAGUUUGGUCAGAGUGCAGGCUCAAGCGGGGUCACUGAAGUAUCUACUGAUGACGGGGAACGUUCACCGACCAAGGACUCGAAGUAUGAUUUCCGAAAUCUCCCACGAGCUGAAGUGAUACGAAAGCUCCGGGAACGUGGGGAACCUAUUCUGCUUUUCGGUGAAAGCGAAUCCGAUUCAUGUUCUCGCCUUCAUCAGUUGGAAAUUUCUGCUCCGGAAAUCAAUCGAGGUUUCCGAAAUGAUUUCCAGGAAGCGAUGGAACAAGUCGAUGAAGAAUUUCUCAAUGAACUGCUUACUUCCAAUGCAGGACUAGCGAAAGGCAAAAGUUCCAAUGAAGAUUUUGCUAUUGACGAUUCCGUUACGUAUGAAUCAAUUCAGGAGAUGGCAGUUCGAUUGGGAAGAAGUGGCAAAGAACACGAUAUGCAUGUAAUCGUUACGGUUAUUCAGUUUGUUUUAAAAAUGUGGAAUGACCAGUUAAACUCAAUCGCAACGGCUCAGCGAUCCGCCACCAAAUGGAAAAUAGCCCGAGCAACUUUCGAGCAGACUCGUCUUUAUCUGAAACCACUACUGCGGAAGCUCCGAAACAAAACCAUUCCCGAGGACAUCCUCGACAGCCUAACGGAUAUCACUAAAAGCCUGCUCAAGAGAGAUUAUCUUCACGCUAGUGAUGCGUACCUGACGAUGGCCAUUGGCAAUGCUCCCUGGCCAAUUGGAGUGACCAUGGUGGGUAUUCACGCGCGUACCGGACGUGAAAAAAUUUUCUCCAAGAACGUUGCCCAUGUGAUGAACGACGAAACCCAGCGGAAAUAUAUUCAAGGAUUAAAACGAUUGAUGACAAAGAUGCAGGACUUUUUCCCAACCGACCCGUCGCGUUGCGUUGAAUAUGUCAGUAAGAAAGAUCAACCGGUGUCGAUCGGUAUGUAGGGAUGAAUAAAGAUAAGACAAGCUAAUUAAAAUAUUUA